AUGGUCCGCCGGUCUUCCAACGUCAUUAAGGGGGUCGCCAGAGAUGACUCGGAUGAUGAGUUAGGUGUUGAUGAUCACCCCUGGGAGUGGAUUUACCGGGAAGCCGAGUCAUCUGGGUCGCCUACUAAGAGGAAGAGGAAUGCUCAUCAUGGCAUAGUGGGUGCUCGCAUGGGCACUUUCGAAUGCUACGUUGGUGAUUGUGUUCUAUUAAAGGCUGAUGGCUCCAAUGAGGCCUGGGUCGCUAUAGUUGCCGAAUUCCGUGAAGCCGACGAGGAUGGAGAUAAGGCAGCUAAUUUCCUAUGGUUUUCUACUGAGAAAGAGAUCCGAAAUAGCGAUCGGAAGAGAACUGAUUUCCUACCGAAUGAAUUAUACAUCACACCAUCCACUGAUGUUAAUCCAUUAGCUUCUAUCAACGGCAGAGCCGUGGUCAUGUCCCAACAGAAGUUUCAGGAGGAAUAUCCCAGUGGUAAGGUCCCUCGUAAUUCACCAGGCUACAACAAGACCUUCAUUUGCAAGAGAGGAUGUAAUACGAGGACUGCGACGUACACAGAAGAAUUUAUAUGGGAGGACGUCUAUUCCGGUAGGGAAGGAGAUGUGGAUGACCUUCUAGAAUUGGUACGGAGCGGGACGAGGUCGACAAGGAAGCGACGUAAUCAUGAUAUAUCUACCCGAGAAACGGACUAUGUGGCUACCCAGCCAGAGCGAGAUGAGGAUUGUCCUUCUGAUGAUGGCGCCCCUCGACCGGUCACUACGCCGAAAAAGAGGCAGAAAACAAAACAAGUUAUGACACCAUCCAACCGCAGAGUUGUCGUGAAAAAGGCAUUGGAAUUUACUCCACUUGCUACCCGAAUACUUUCGCCAAGCCACCACCAGUCUUCCCCUUUCCAGAUUGCAAGGGCUCAAUUACACGUUGCAUCGGUACCAACUAGCUUACCUUGCAGAGAAUCUGAGUUCUCUUUAGUGUACUCGCAUCUCGAGGCUGCUAUUACUGAUGGCUCUGGUGCUUGUAUCUAUAUCUCUGGAACUCCAGGAACGGGGAAGACGGCUACGGUACGAGAGGUGGUGUCAAAGCUAGACGAAGCGGUGCGAUCCGACGAAUUAGACGACUUUAUCUUCGUCGAAAUCAAUGGUAUGAAGAUAACCGACCCGCACCAAUCGUACUCCCUCCUCUGGGAAGCUCUGAAGGGACAGCGAGUCAGCCCGAGCCAGGCACUAGAUCUCCUCGAGCGAGAGUUUAACAACCCGAGCCCUCGACGAGUCCCCUGUGUUGUCCUGAUGGACGAGCUCGACCAACUCGUUACUAAGAACCAAAGCGUCAUGUAUAACUUUUUCAACUGGCCUGGGCUGAGACACUCGCGACUUAUUGUACUGGCAGUGGCUAACACGAUGGACUUGCCGGAGAGAACGCUUAGCAACAAAAUUAGCAGUCGUCUGGGCCUAACACGUAUCACAUUCCCAGGCUACAACCACGAACAACUCAUGAAGAUCAUCCAGUCGCGGCUUGAGGGUGUUCCGGGUAACAUUGUCGAACCAGAUGCCGUUCAGUUCGCCAGCCGCAAAGUCGCUGCUGUGAGUGGCGAUGCGCGGCGCGCUCUCGAUAUCUGCCGGCGAGCUGUUGAGCUAGCUGAAGCUGAUGUCAAGGGCUCGGACCCUGACCCGGGAACUCCAAGUAAGAGGGCAAAGGCAAAAACGGGCGAAGCAGACAGAACAAAGAGCUCGCGGGGUAAGGUCACGAUAGCGACAGUUAAGCGAGCAAUCAACGAGGCGACCACAAGUCCCUUGCAGCAAUACCUACGAGCGCUCCCGUUUGCUUCUAAGUUAAUUCUCGUGUCCCUACUAGUGAGGAACGAACGGACGGGUUUGCCUGAUAGUACCUAUGGCGAUGUGAUGGAGGAGAUGAACCGGGCUCUGGUAUUAGAUGCCGGUAGCCGUCGAGUUGGUUUACUGAGACAUACAACGGAUAGAGAUUCCAAAGCGGACUUGAACACACGAAAGAAGGAGCAAAAGCUCCCUAGACCGGCAGGCAUUAGUACAGCUGCGGUUGAUCUCACUGGAGCUGGAAUCAUCAUUCUUGAAGGCCAGAGAGCAGAACGUCCAAGCAAGAUCAGGCUUGCUGUAGGUGAUGAAGAGAUUAAGCUCGCAUUUCGAGACGACCCUGAGAUUCGGGCGCUGGGUAUAGCAUUUUAA